AUGGCCCCCUCCUUCUGGGAACGCACCAAAGGAACCUCCAAGAAAGGAUUCGACAAAGCAUGGCAUACUCUCGACAAACUCGAAGGCCCCGUCAACCGGCUAUCCUACCGGGUCGGCGCUGAGGCCUUCUGGCCCAUGAAUCUCGAACGCGAAAACGAAAAGGCCGCCCGCAUCCUCCGCAGCUUCUGCAAGGAUGGCUUCUAUGCCAACGAAGAGGUCGAGGAGGAAGUCGUCGAUAGUCACGGCAAGAUCAGUCGUCCCAAGGGGAAACAGCGCGUGCUGAAGAAGAUCCCCAGCGAGGUCAUCCGCCGUGCCAAGGGUCUCGCCAUCUUCACCACGAUGCGCACCGGUCUGUGGGUGAGCGGCUCCGGGGGCAGCGGUGUCCUUUUAGGCCGUAUUCCCGAAACAGGCGAAUGGAGUCCCCCGUCCGGCAUCAUGAUGCACACCGCCGGCGUCGGCUUUCUGGCCGGCGUCGAUGUCUACGACUGCGUGCUCGUCAUCAACACCUACGAAGCGCUCGAGGCGUUUAAGAAGGUCCGCUGCACGGUAGGCGGAGAGGUCAGCGCCUCCGCCGGCCCGUUCGGCAUGGGUGGUGUGCUCGAGUCGGAGGUCCACAAACGCCAGGCCCCCAUCUGGACUUAUAUGAAGAGUCGCGGGCUCUACGCCGGCGUUCAGAUCGAUGGCACGAUUGUCAUCGAGCGCACUGACGAGAACGAGCGCUUCUUCGGCGAGCGCAUUUCCGUCGUCGACAUCCUCGCCGGCAAGGCGAAACACCCUCCCGCUUCCAUCAAGACCCUGAUUGAAACCGUCAAAGCCGCGCAAGGUGACUCCGAUGUGGACGAGAGCUGGGUGAUCCCGCCGGGAGAGACCCCCGGCGACAUCGAUGCGCAGGCACUGUCAAACCAGACAUUUGGCAUCCCCGCCGCGGACGACCCCGAUCCGUACGGCGUCAAGGCCCUCGAAGCAGAGGGCCUCUUCAUCCGGGAGGCCGGCACCAAGACGCGGCCCCCGAUAGAAACCUUCGAAUUCAGACCCAACCCCAGCAGCCCGGUGUACGCGACUUUCCGCCGUAGUGUCGACAGCUCCCCACGCAACAGCUGGCGACACAGCGUGCAAAGCUACGUCAGCAUGGACCGCGGCACGCAAACCGACGACGGUCCGAUGACCGCCCCAACAUCCAUCAGCCGUGCUUCCUCGCGAAGCAACCGCGACUUUACGAUCAACCCCUGGGACAAUGAAGACAGUCGCUGGGAAACCGUCAUUCCCGAGCGCAAAGAGAGCUACGUUUCGGGCCAUGACGCCGGCGCGGACGACGCACUCGGCUACGACGACUACGAAGACGUCGAGAUCCACGAAAUCAGCAGCGCCCGCGUCUCGAAACGCGACAGCGCCGGCAGCUCUGCAUCGCCGGUCUCCACGGACCACCCGGCCAGCGCCUUCGAACCGAAGCGUCAGUCGCCCACCUUCACCCGGGCCCGACUGGUCACCAUCCCCAAGCGCACGCCUCCCGCUCUCCCGCCGCGCAACCCCCAGCGUCCAAUCGAUACCUCCACUCCCGUCUCCCCUGUCUCCCCUGUCUCAGUCCCUUCCUCCCCCGCCGCGGAACGGUCGAAUUCCAGGGCCGACGCUCUCGCCGAGCUCCCCCUCCACCCUGAGAACGAGACUAGCGCCUCGUCGGCAGAGGACGCCCCCAAGGCCGCUGCAGAAAAGGACGAGUUCCACUCGAUAUCGAGCGCGCAUUCGUCCGACUCCGAGUCGGACACCGAUCUCAGCACGAAAGAACACACCUCUGUGUCGGACGCCGUGCCGCCCCAUGCCGGGACGGACGCCGCAGUUGGCACCGAGACGCCCCCCUCCAAGGCGGAAGAGACGCCUUCCGAACAGACGAAGCCCGAGCUCGAAGCCGAGCAAGCAAAGCCCGUCGCAGACCGCGAGAACGCCCACGCCGCUGUGGAGCCUCAACCUGCAUGA